GCGUGGCGACAGUUUGUUUCAGUGGGGGAGCUAGUAGUUGUAGUAGUCCCAGUUCCCAGUUCCCAGCUCAACAUGAUCCUUUACAGCGUUGGAUUGAUUGUGGUGAUUGUGUUUCUGGCGCUCAAGUACGUCUAUUCGUACUGGGAUCGGCAUGGAUUGCCGAACCUGAAGCCUGAGAUACCGUACGGCAAUCUUCGACUUUUGGCCGAAAAGAAGGAAUCGUUUAAUGUGGCUAUCAACAAUCUGUACGAUCAGUCGCCGGAACGACUGGUGGGCGUGUAUCUGUUCUUCCGUCCGGCCGUUCUGGUCCGAGAUGCACAUCUCGCGAAGCGUAUUAUGGUGAACGAUUUCCAGCAUUUCCACGAUCGUGGUGUUUACUGUAACGAGCAUGGAGAUCCUAUGUCAGCUAACCUGUUCGCCCUGCCUGGACAACGUUGGAAGAGUCUCCGAGGGAAGCUGACACCGACAUUCACCUCUGGACAGCUUCGAAACAUGCUGCCCACGUUUCUGGAGGUGGGCACCAAACUGCAGCACUACCUCGAGAACUUGGCCACAGACAACCAAAUCGUGAACAUGCGUGACAUAGUGUCCCGGUACGUGCUAGACGUAGUCGCGUCCGUGUUUUUCGGCUUCGAAGCCAACUGUCUCCACAACCCGGACGAUGCGUUCCGAACAGCGCUCCGCGACUUUAACAACCCGGAUAGCUUCCUCAACAAUAUCCGAACGACCGGUGUGUUCCUUUGUCCCGGAUUGCUUAAGUUUACCGGUAUCAGCUCACUCGCUCCACCGAUGAAAAGGUUCACAAUGGAAGUGAUCAGCUCCCAUCUGCAUCAACGUGAAACGGGUCAAGUUACAAGGCGUGAUUUCAUCCAGAUUCUAACCGAUCUUCGUCGGAAGGCGGGAAACAAUGUGGAAGAAUCGCUAUCCGACGCACAGUGUGCGGCGAAUGUGUUCCUGUUUUAUGCGGCCGGUGCAGACACCUCAACUGGUGCGAUCACCUUCACACUGCACGAGCUUACACACAACCCAGAAGUGAUGGGGAAGUUGCAGCGCGAGAUCGAUGAGAUGAUGGAACGACACAAGGGCGAGAUCACGUACGAUAACAUUAACGAGUUGAAGUAUUUGGAUUUGUGUAUCAAGGAAACGCUUAGAAUCUAUCCAGCGUUGGCUGUUCUGAAUCGAGAGUGUACGAUAGACUACCGGGUGCCGGAGAGUGACAUCGUUAUUCGGAAAGGGACACAAAUGAUCAUUCCUCUGCUGGGGAUAAGUAUGAACGAGAAGUAUUUCCCAAACCCGGAACUCUAUUCUCCGGAGCGGUUUGAUGAGGCCACGAAGAAUUACGAACAGGAUGCUUACUAUCCAUUCGGUGCUGGUCCACGCAAUUGCAUCGGUCUACGACAAGGGCUUCUUCUCUCCAAGAUUGCUUUGGUGCUGAUGUUGUCCAGAUUCGACUUCUCUUCAACAAUACCGCGAAAGCUUAGCUUUGAACCGGUUGCUGCUACACUAGCACCGAAAGGCGGUCUUCCAAUGAGGAUCGUUAAACGGAAAAGACAAUGCUGCCGGCAAGCUGCGCGACCGUUUAUUGUGUUUUGUGGCCUUGGAUGGAAACGUCUCGGUCGCAAUCAGUUCUCGAGCAAGAUUCCAUUUACCCACCGUGAGCAGUGCCGUGUACACAGUGACAAAAUGUUUGUUUAUACACUUGCACUGUUUGCGGCCGUAGUGUUCCUGGUUCUGCGAUACAUCUACUCCCACUGGGAACGUCAUGGACUGCCCCACCUGAAGCCAGAGAUUCCGUACGGCAACAUCCGCACCGUAGCGGAGAAGAAGGAAUCGUUUGGCAUCGCCAUCAACAACCUGUACCACAAGUCGUCGGAUCGUCUGCUAGGUCUCUAUCUGUUCUUCCGCCCAGCCAUCCUCAUCCGUGAUCCGCACCUAGCGAAACGCAUCAUGGUGAACGACUUCCAGAACUUUCACGAUCGGGGCGUGUACUGUAACGAGCAGCGCGAUCCCUUCUCGGCCAACCUAUUCGCCCUAGCCGGCCAGCGGUGGAAGAACUUGCGUGCGAAGCUAACGCCAACCUUCACCUCGGGUCAACUGCGUAACAUGUUGCCCACGCUACUGGCCGUCGGUGGCAAGCUGAUCGAGCGGAUGGACGCACUGGUGGACGAUAAAUCGAUCGUGGACAUGCGUGACAUUGCGUCACGCUUCGUGCUUGACAACAUUGCUUCCGUGUUCUUCGGGUUCGAGGCGAACUGUAUCCACAACUCGGAAGAUCCCUUCCUAAAAACACUUCGAGCAACGAACCAGCGUCGUGGAUUUUUGGACAACUUCCGCUCAUCGGGUGUGUUUAUCUGUCCAGGGCUGCUAAAGCUUACCGGACUUACCUCACUUCAACCGGCGCUCAUCAACUUCGUCAUGGACAUUAUCACGUACCAGAUCGAUCAUCGCGAGAAGAGUCAGAUCACCCGGAAAGACUUCGUGCAGCUGCUAAUAGAUCUGCGCCGUGAGGCGGGCAACAACUCCGAGGAGGCCCUCACCAUCGAACAGUGUGCGGCGAACGUGUUCCUGUUCUACAUAGCCGGAGCGGAAACGUCUACGGCCACGAUUUCGUUUACGCUUCACGAACUCUCACACAACCCGGAAGUGAUGGCGAAAUUGCAGCAGGAAAUAGACGAGAUGAUGGAACGGUACAAUGGUGAAAUUACGUACGAUAACAUCAAGGCGAUGAAGUAUCUGGACCUGUGCGUGAAGGAAACGCUCAGGAAGUAUCCGGGCUUGCCGAUAUUGAAUCGUGAGUGUACGAUCGACUACCGGGUGCCGGAUAGUGACGUCGUGAUUCGGAAAGGAACUCAGGUUGUCAUUCCCCUGCUGAGCAUCAGUAUGAACGAGAAGUACUUCCCGGAUCCGGAACUCUAUUCGCCCGAGAGGUUUGAUGAGGCUACGAAGAAUUACGAUCAAGACGCUUACUAUCCGUUCGGUGCUGGACCACGCAAUUGUAUUGGUCUUCGGCAAGGGGUUCUUGUGUCCAAGAUUGGCCUUGUCCUGUUGCUAUCCAAGUACAACUUCAAGUCGACGAUACCAGCCAAGGUGAAGUUUGCAGCCGCCACUGUAGGGCUUACGCCCGAGGGAGGUUUCCCGAUGCGGGUAGAGCACAGAAAGUGAAGCGUUUCUCCACUGAUUUGUGAUAAGAUAAGGAUAAGGGUACAAAUAUAAACCGUAAAGUAGUAUUAAACAAUUGUUAAGCUUAAAUAAAUGAUGUAACGUACAACACACAUAAGACAGCUGUAUAAUUGGCUGUAUUGUUCUUAAAAACCAAUCCAUUAUUUAGAAUAUAUUGAGAAAAAAUAA